AAGAAUACAGUCGAUAGUUACCUUGCUAAGCCGCUUAGGAAGGUUGAUAAGCCGCUAGAGUGGUGGAUAGCCUAUGCUAAGCAGUUUCUACAGUUUACUAAGAUAGUAUUCAACUUCCUCUCGAUCCUAGCUAUGUCUUCUGAGUAUAAGCGAGUGUUUAGCUACGCUAAGCACUGUGUAAGCUAUCAACGAUAUACGCUUUACGUAGAUUUAAUUAAUAUACUAUAG